AUGGACUUGGUAUGCAGGGCCCACCAAGUCGUCGAGGAUGGGUACGAGUUCUUCGCCAAGCGACAGCUGAUCACGCUUUUCAGCGCUCCGAACUAUUGUGGUGAGUUCGACAAUGCCGGGGCAAUGAUGUCCAUCGACGACACACUCAUGUGCAGCUUCAAAGUCUUGAAGCCCGUGAAGAAGAAGUGA